CGUCAAAGGAGGAUGAGAUAAUUUUGGUAUGUGACGCGGCUCUCCCACCUUCACCAACAUGGGAACGGUUGCGAUGGCGGUUUCGCAAUUAUGGGCAAAUGUGGGAGCCGUCGUGCUCGAAAUUAGAGGGUGCGGCCACAACAACCAAAUCGAACCAGAAGCGGCAUCGGAGCCGCCGAGUCGGAAACUAAAAGGAAGCCCUCGGCUGAACCGCUGGUCGAGAGCUCGAGCGCUUCGCUCCGGUCGCAAAUUAGACCGCCCUACUCCCCAAAUUCAGACCGUCCAAUCCGAUGCUUCUCUACCUCCCAUCACUCUGUCUCCUGAUACAGAUGCGUCUGAUAUCGACGUUGUGGAGGGCGUGGAGGUGAGGGUGUCCAAGUCCAUUUAUAUAGUCUCCGACGGAACUGGUUGGACGGCCGAGCACUGCGUUAACGCUGCCUUGGGUCAGUUUGAUUACUGCUUGGUCGAUCAUGGAUGCCCUCUCAGUACCCACUUGUUUUCUGGGAUUGAUGAUGCGGAGAAAUUAGUGGAGAUCUUAAAGCAGGCAGCCAAGGAAGAUGCUUUGGUUGUGUAUACUUUAGCUGACCCUUCGAUGGCUGCAUACGCUAAGCAGGCUUGCAAGUUAUGGGGUGUACGAUCCACUGACGUAUUAGGUCCAAUAAUUGAGGAAAUUUCUUCUCAUCUUGGGGUCUCACCAUCUGGGCUUCCCCGUGGGGCUUCUGGCCGGAAGCUUCCACUUUCUGAUGAAUACUUUCGCCGUAUUGAAGCUGUUGAAUUCACCAUCAAGCAAGAUGAUGGGGCAUGUCCCCAGAAUUUGGCCAAGGCUGACAUUAUUCUUACUGGUGUUUCGCGGACUGGCAAGACGCCAUUAUCAAUUUAUCUAGCACAAAAAGGUUACAAAGUGGCAAAUGUACCCAUUGUGAUGGGUGUGGAAAUGCCAAAGACUCUUUUUAAGGUGGAUGUAAACAAGGUUUUUGGCUUAACUAUAAACCCCGUAGUCCUGCAGAACAUAAGAAAAGCAAGGGCUAGAACUCUGGGAUUCAGUCCAGAAUCAAGGAGCAAUUACUCAGAGAUGGAUUAUGUUAGACAGGAACUGGAAUUUGCGGGAAGACUCUUUGCUGAGAACCCUGUCUGGCCAGUGAUUGAUGUGACGGGAAAAGCAAUAGAAGAAACUGCAGCGGUUAUAUUGAGGCUCUACCAUGACCGGAAGCAAAAGUUCAUGAUGCCAAGGAUCUCAAAACGCUAUUAAAGAUGCAUGGUCCUCCGGUUAUCUCAUUGCUGCCAAUCAACCCCAUUUUCAUCACUUUGCUUGCCGAUUGCAAGGGUGAAGU